AUGAUGAUCGUUAUGGAUCGCCUAUCCGACAAGCCCGACUUCCACCGCAAGGUCUUUGACGAUGCGAUUGUCGCCAAGUGGAUUGACGAAGCGCUCGCGAUACCGGACAACUCCCUUUGGGAUGAAAUCGUUCUGGGCAACGAUGGCCCAGAUGGCCAGCGGGUCAAGAGACUCAAGAACAUCUUGGACAAAGACUGUCUCGAAUACGUGAGUGAAGACCGCCAGCCCUCCUACUUCGUUUCUUGCUCGCUCACAUCUCGAUAGUGUAUCCAAGAAUUACGUGCCAAAGCCAAGUACUUCGAGAAGACGGGGCUGGUCCCAACCUUGGACGCGUCUGCAGCAGUCUGCAAAUCUGACACGCUGAUUGAUGCAGCGCUUCGAGACGAGUUGCGGGCCGCGUUUGUGAAGCUCCAGGCGGAGCAAAAGUCUGCUCCAGACUGGCAUCCCCGCACGGACGACAAGGUGCAGGAUCUGGUUCAUCCUUCGCUUUACCCACUCGUGUACGGAACUACGCGAGUGUUCGCCGACGAGGUUGUGGGUGUGGAUGAUGCGAUCGACAAAUGGGCGGGGAAAGGCAAUAUCAUUCCGGCCCUAGAAAGGUUACUAUUGGGUUUGGCGGGUACGGGGGCUUUCGUGUUGACCCUUCGUGCUGGUCUCCCAAGUAUCAGUGGCUUCCUGCCAAUGUCAAGUUCCAGCCGGAUGGGAGCGUGAAGUUUACCAGCUACAUCAACAAUCUUCACCCGCUCAAGCACAGAGAGAUUUACCGCACGAUUGAGAAGCUCCUUGAAAAGUCCAUCCCCGCUUGGGAUACCUGUGUUGCCGCCCGUGGUUGGAGAGGCGUCAGUGGGAGGUCUUCCCGAUUCCCAUUUCCGGAUGACCCUGAGUAAGUUCAAAGUCGAGAAAGGCCAGGACGAGGAGAACCAGUUAACAGCUAACGACGGCAAUCACCAGUGAUGACAAUGAAGAUAACUGGGUACCGAAGCUCGAUGAGGUAGAAACGCCAAGGCAUUCGAGAGCACCAUCAGAAGCCGAGGUAUCAGGCGAUGAAAGGGAUGCUGAGGAGGAAUUCGACGAAGAGGAUGAUCAUGAAGACUGGGAUUCUGAGUCUGGAGACCCCUACUGUGGAACCCGCAAGGAGAUCAAAUGGCAAAUGAUUCGGGAGCCGGUAAGUUUGAAGCUUGGAAAUAUGGACCCAGCCAGGGCGCGUCUCUCAGGGAAAGAUUUGAUGGGCUUCAGAUCAUUGUAAAAAUGGCUUCCAUCGAGUUAACCCCUGAGAAACCCGAGUUUCCCGUCGGUGGCUGGCAUGUGGAGGGCCAAAUGAACGAGCACAUUGUUGGCACAGCGCUCUAUUACUUGGACUCGGAGAAUAUCACACCGAGUCAUCUACAGUUUCGGAUGCAUACAACGCGCGACAUCAACAGUAAAUUCCGCGUUGGUCAGGAUAACUACAAAUGGAUGGAACGUGUCUAUGGUACUCGACUCGGGGUGGGCCAGGAUGCGCCAUGCCUUCAGAACUACGGGAGCGUGGACACAAAGGAAGGCAGACUGCUCGCUUUCCCCAACGUCUUCCACCAUAGGGUCUCCCCCUUUGAGCUUAAAGACAAGACAAAGCCGGGCCAUCGUCGAUUCAUCGCCUUGUGGCUCGUAGACCCAUUGACUCGCAUCAUCAGUACAGCCAAUGUCCCCCCGCAGCAACAGGAUUGGUGGAUGGAUCGAGCAUUCAUGAACCUGAAAACAGCAGAGGCUAACAAGGUCGCUGCACCCAUUGCCCAAACGAUUCUAGACAAAGCUCCUUCGGCCGAUAAUUCCGGUCUCAAGGCAGCUGCGGAGGGAGGCACACAUGGCAUGCCCGUAGAGCUGAUGAGUAUGCUCGCAGAUGAGUUCGACGAUGCACUUCCAAUGAGCCUUGAGGAAGCGAAAGAGCAUCGGUUGAAGUUGAUCCAUAUCAGAACUGCUUUCCAAGGAGACGCAGAGAGUCAAUGGGAAGAACAAACCUACAACUUUUGCGAACACUAA